AUGAAGUUCCUACUAAAAUCCAUAUCACCCCACAAGUAUCUCGAGAGACAAACAACGUGGGUACUUCUCUUCCCUCCAACAGACAGGUUAUUGAGGAUUAUUGAUAGUGAUGUGACAACGAACGCUGUAUAUGCCAUCCAUCUGGAUACAGAACAUAAAGGUGCAAUCUACUACAUCAACGAAGAAUGUCAAAACUAUAUCAAGAUUCUCGUGAAAAAAAGUGACCGUGAAUUAUUAAUUUGUGGGACACACGCCUUUGAGCCAAGGUGCGUGUAUCAAGAGGUGGACACUCUUGCAUCCAUAGGAAAGGAAUUCAGCGGAAAGGGCUUAUUGCCUUUUGAUGGAAAGCAGACCAAUAUUGCCUUGUUUGCAGAUGGAAGUUUGUAUACUGGCACUAUGACUGACUUCCGAUCAACGAGGCCUGUCUUUCAGCGGAGCUUUGGAAAGCUUCCAACUUUGAAAACAGUUGAUCAAGAUUUCCGCUGGCUUUACGAUCCUCAGUUCAUUCAUGUAGUGGAGUACGGUGACUACAUCUACCUCUUCUUUCAUGAACUGUCGCUGGAAUACAAGAAUGUUGCUAAGGUAAUUUUACCGAGAGUAGCUCGGGUCUGCAAGAAUGACAUGGGUGGAAAACGAAUUCUUCAAAAACAGUGGACUUCCUUCCUGAAGGCACGAAUGAUCUGUUCAGUCCAAGGCGAUAUGCCUUUUUAUUUUAAUGUACUGAGAUCUGUUACAGAUAUAGUCAAAAUCAAUGGUCGAGAUAUUGUUGUGGCAGUCUUCACCACCCCUAGAAACAGCAUCCCUGGCUCAGCUGUAUGCGCUUUUGAUAUGCAGGAUGUUGAGGCGGUGUUUGCUGGGAAUUUCAAAACACAGAGGGACUAUGACACAAUAUGGACACCGCUUCAUGAAGAGAGAGUCCCCAAACCCAGGCCUGGUACCUGUGCUGGCUCCCCACCCUUUGAAAAGUAUACGUCCUCCACUCAAUUUCCAGAUAAAGUUCUAGUGUUUAUGAAAAUGCAUCCUCUCAUGGAUGGAUCAGUGUCAUCAACUUUCACCAAGCCAUGGUUUCUGAUGACAAUGGUCAGGUAUCAACUCACAAAAAUUGUUGUAGAUAAUUCUGCUGGGCCAAAAAGGGACCAGAUUGUGACUUUCCUAGGAACAGAGCGUGGCAGAGUUUUAAAGGUCUGGGACAGGUCAGAAAAUGGUCCUCUUCUGAGUAGCAGCAUUUUGGUUGAGGAGAUGAAUGUUUACAAUCAUGACACGUGUCAGUAUGAUGGUGUGGAUUAUCUAACUAUUGUGAGCAUGGAGCUGGACAAGCCAUCGGGUUUGCUUUAUGUAGCAUUUCCAACCUGUGUCAUAAGCGUUCCACUGGGAAGCUGUGCACUUUAUCGCAACUGCCAAAAGUUAUUCUCUGCAUGA